GACCGCCAGUCUGUCUUUCCCGAGCGCAGCACGAAGAACAUGGACGACGUGACGGUGGUGGACGGAGAGAAACUCAGCAAAAAGUCUGUCAGCUGACUGUGAUAGCUCAGCAUGCUGUGUGUGGUCAGGGCAGCCAGACACCAGCUUUUCCAAGCCUUUGGUGUCAAGGGACAGUGGUUAAAAUACCCACCCCCAUGUACAGCUGCAGUCCCAUUUCAAAUUCAUGGGAACCGUUGGAGAGGUGACAAAAGUGAGCUGAAGAGGCGGUUGAAAGCUGACAAGAAAGCCGCUGAGAAAGAAGCAAAAGUGACAGAGCAAAAGAAAGAAUCCAAUGACCAGGGAGCAGAAAAUGCCUGUGCACUGGAUGAUGAGACGCUUGACCCCAAUCAAUACUUCAAGAUCCGCACUCAGGCUAUCCAGGACCUGAAGGGCACAGCAGAGGACCCAUAUCCACACAAGUUUCAUGUAGACCUGUCCCUUACAGACUUCAUUGAAAAAUACAGUAAUCUACAGCCCGGGGACCAGCUAACAGAUGUCACUCUCAAUGUGUCCGGACGCGUCCAUGCCAAGAGGGCUUCUGGUGCCAAGCUGAUUUUCUAUGACUUACGAGGUGAAGCUGUCAAGUUGCAAGUCAUGGCAAACUCAAGGAACUACAAGUCUGAGGAGGAUUUCAUUGCCAUCAACAACAAACUGCGUCGUGGCGAUAUCAUCGGUGUUCGUGGAAACCCAGGGAAGACCAAGAAAGGGGAAUUGAGCAUCAUUCCUAUCGAGAUGACCCUUUUGUCACCAUGUUUGCACAUGUUGCCCCACCUCCACUUUGGUCUGAAGGACAGGGAAACGCGGUAUCGCCAGCGUUACCUGGACCUGAUACUCAAUGACUAUGUGAGGCAGAAGUUUAUAACCCGCUCCAAAAUCAUCACAUAUCUCCGCAGCUUCCUGGACAAGAUGGGCUUUCUGGAGAUAGAGACACCAAUGAUGAAUAUUAUUCCUGGCGGAGCGGUGGCCCGACCGUUUGUUACCUACCACAACGAGCUGGAUAUGAACCUGUACAUGAGGAUCGCUCCCGAGCUCUACCACAAGAUGCUGGUCGUUGGUGGACUAGACAGAGUUUAUGAAGUUGGCCGUCAGUUCAGGAACGAAGGCAUUGAUCUCACUCAUAAUCCAGAGUUCACCACCUGCGAAUUCUACAUGGCUUAUGCCGAUUACCAUGACUUGAUGGAUAUUACUGAGAAACUGCUGUCAGGAAUGGUGAAGCACAUCACCGGGGGGUACAAGGUGACUUACCACCCCGAUGGUCCAGAGGGACAGGCCUGUGAGAUUGACUUCACUCCACCGUUCAGAAGAGUGAGCAUGACACACGAUCUGGAGAAAAUCAUGGGAGUCAAAUUCCCCCCCACUGACAGCUACGACAGUAAUGAGACGCGCAAAUUCUUUGACGAGUUGUGUCUCAAAAAAGGAGUGGAAUGUCCUCCACCCAGGACCACUGCUCGCCUCCUUGACAAGCUGGUCGGAGACUUCCUAGAAGUUACAUGUAUCAACCCGACAUUCAUCUGUGAUCACCCUCAAAUCAUGAGCCCUUUAGCUAAAUGGCACCGAACAGAGAAGGGCCUCACGGAGCGUUUUGAGCUCUUUGUGAUGAAGAAAGAAAUCUGCAACGCUUACACAGAGUUGAAUGAUCCAAUCAGACAGAGGGAGCUGUUCGAGCAGCAAGCCAUGGCCAAAGCUGAGGGUGAUGAUGAAGCCAUGUUCAUCGAUGACACCUUCUGCACAGCACUAGAGUACGGUCUGCCACCAACCGCCGGGUGGGGGAUGGGCAUCGAUCGUCUCGCCAUGUUCCUGACCGACUCCAAUAACAUCAAGGAGGUGUUACUGUUUCCAGCCAUGAAGCCUGAUGACAAUAAGACAAGUGCUCCCUCAGAGGCCGCUCCUGCCAAAUGACAGGACCUCUGAGCUUUCCUACUGUUGUAUUUCUACAGGAAUCUCCAAAACGUAGGAGCCUUUACCUCACUGUUGUCAUCGGUGGAGUCUGAAGGUUUUGUUUUUAUCACUGUCAGUGUGAAAAAUGUUGGAGUUUUUCUGUCAUUAAGGGAAAUCAUCUUACCUUGGGUUACAUGAUUGACUGGUAAACAUUAAGGAAUGCUGAAGUUUUAUAUUUGUCACACUUCUAUGCUCUUACAUGCUACAUCCUGUUAAGUUGACUCUUGUAGACAUUUUAGUCCUCUUUCAGAUACAAGGUAACUGAAUGAUCAGGAAGUUAUUUGAUCUGCUAUUACACACACAUUUUAAUAUAAUACUUCUGAUUAAGGUUUGAGCUAUUUAAGGGGUCCUUGACUCUGACUACCAGAUACUCAACAUGGAUGCAAACCCUAUAAAAACUCUUCAAGCCCCACUCAUUUUCUUUUUUGUUCCGUGUGUAUCUAGUAAUUAUUUUUACCAGGUCUGCUUGUAUACCCUGUAAAAGGUUUUUUAAGGUGACAAAUGUAAUAUUUCUUUGCCAAGAACAUGUAAACAUUGGUGUGUCUAAAUAAAAAUCAUAAUCAGC